AUUCACCACGUUCCUUUCAUCUGCUUCCAAUCCAACCAAAUUGAAAAAAGCUUCAAAAUUUUCAUGUUGCAGCUAAAACCCUAACAAAAAACCCCCCAAAAAAACCCCUUUGCUACAUAACAAAAAUGGCUACGCUUCUUCCCUCAUCCCUCACAAACCCAAAUAAACUCCUCUCAUAUUCCUCACUCUUCCACAAUGCACCACUAUCCACUCCACCCUCUUCUCUCACAACCACCUCAGUUUCGAUUUACCCUAAAACGCAACGUUUUGGUCGUCGUUUUGGGUCCGUUAGAUGCUCUUUAGCUUAUGUUGAUAACGCAAAGAUUAAGGUCGUUGGAAUUGGGGGUGGCGGUAACAAUGCCGUUAACCGCAUGAUUGGUAGUGGUUUGCAGGGUGUAGAUUUCUAUGCCAUAAAUACCGAUGCUCAAGCGCUACUGCAUUCUGCGGCUGAGAAUCCUAUUAAGAUUGGAGAGCUUCUGACUCGUGGAUUAGGUACUGGUGGGAAUCCGCUUUUGGGUGAACAAGCUGCGGAGGAAUCGAAAGAGGCUAUUGCUAAUGCCCUUAAAGGAUCGGAUUUGGUGUUUAUAACAGCUGGGAUGGGUGGUGGUACAGGGUCUGGUGCUGCCCCUGUUGUGGCUCAAAUAUCAAAAGAAGCAGGUUACUUGACUGUCGGUGUUGUUACAUAUCCUUUCAGUUUUGAAGGACGGAAAAGAUCCUUGCAGGCACUUGAGGCGAUUGAAAAGCUUCAGAAAAAUGUUGAUACACUUAUUGUGAUUCCAAAUGAUCGUCUACUUGACAUAGCUGAUGAGCAGACGCCUCUCCAGGAUGCUUUUAGUCUUGCUGAUGAUGUUUUACGCCAAGGAGUUCAGGGAAUUUCAGACAUUAUAACAAUACCUGGACUUGUAAAUGUGGAUUUUGCUGAUGUAAAAGCCGUGAUGAAAGACUCUGGUACUGCAAUGCUCGGAGUAGGUGUUUCGUCCGGUAAAAACCGAGCAGAAGAAGCAGCAGAACAGGCUACUUUGGCUCCUUUAAUCGGAUCAUCUAUUCAAUCAGCCACGGGAGUAGUGUAUAAUAUUACCGGAGGAAAGGACAUCACGCUGCAGGAAAUCAACAGGGUAUCUCAGGUUGUGACUAGUUUGGCCGAUCCUUCCGCCAAUAUUAUAUUUGGAGCUGUUGUUGAUGAUCGUUACACCGGGGAGAUUCACGUGACUAUCAUCGCCACUGGCUUUUCACAGUCUUUUCAGAAGAAGCUGCUAACCGAUCCAAGGGCUGCAAAGCUUCUUGACAAAGUGGCUGAGGGAAAAGAAAGCAAGACAGUGCCUCCUCCCCUCAAGUCCUCAAACUCAUCUUCCAAAGUUGAGUCUAAAUCACCGACCCCAUGGAAGCUCUUUUAGUUGCAUAGUUUAAAUUUUCUUCUUCUUUUGUAGUCAUUCAGCUGUUUGAUGAUCUUAUUUGAUUUGUUGAGAUGCCAUCACACAUAUGGUUUAUGUAACAACACGCUUAAGUGUGUAUGUAGCUCACAGCCAUUUUUUGCUUAUGAAAAGGAUAUAUAUGUAUGAGCUUUUUUUCAGUGAACAACUGAAUAUAUUUAGAGUGA